GGCAUUCAGCUCAAUGCUACGGCACUUUGGAACUUUUAGCUUUUAGUUGCUUUUAGUAUUGCGCUGGACGUUGCUUGAGUCUGUUGCUUAAAUUAAAUCAACGCAAAAUUAAUUAAUAUCAGCUUUUUUAAAUGGUUACAAUGGAUCAUUAGAAACACAUAAUUUUUUUCGUUUAAAUAUUCAAAUUAGUUUUUUAUUUUUUGUAAUUUGAUAUAAAUUAAAAUCUAGUUAUUGUUGCUGAUUUUUUUCUAUUGUUGACGUUGUGCAUUUACCUGAAGGCAGGUUAGGAGGUGAACAGGUAUAACAGGAAGAAUAAUAUAACAAAGUAUACCUUCGUCGCUAUGGGUUACAAGUGUUGUGUCUCACUCAUGUGGUGUUGAAUAUAUUUAAUAUUUUUUUAGUCUGGAUUUUUUUUUUACUUGAUUUUUGAAUUAUUUUUUUUGUCCUUCAACAAGCUCAUGGGAAGAUUAUGAAUCUCGGAAUAUUUUACAUCAAAAGAAUCAUCAUCUUGUGAUUUCUCAAAAAGAGGAAGAGCCUUGAGAUGACGGAAAUACUUUCAUUUGGGUCACGAAUAUUUCAAGGUAUAUGUCUGGUGUUAAUGCUGUCAACACUUGUUGAAUCGCAGACAAUAGCAGCCUUGAAUAUUCAAAGUACCAACACCACGGCAUUUGGAGAAAAAACACUAACAAAUAUAAGCCAAGAUGGCAAUGAUGUUGUUCCAAAAAUUGUAGAUAUUGAUAACGCACAAUUAUUUAAUUCAACGAGUGACAAAAUUCCAUUGAUUGAUGAGAAAUUCAUCGAAAUAAAUGAGCCGAAUGAUGGCAUUAAUUUGGAGGGAUUGAAUAAUCAUAGUAACAAAGAACCAACAACACCAAAGUCAACCAAAAAUACUGAUGAUGAUGAUGAUAAAAUAGUAUCUUUGAUAAAUGACACUGUUGUUAAUGACAAAAAUCCAAUAACUCAAAUGAAUGACGUCGAAAUAACGCAUGAAAGAAAUUCGAAAUUAAUUGAAAAUCCAACAAAUUUAAUAACCGAUUUAUUAGAUCAAAAUAAAUUAAAAAAUUUAAAAUAUGAAUCUGAAUCAAUUGCUAAAACAUUAAUACAAGAUAAUAAUAAAACUUUUAAUAAAUAUCAACCGGUUUAUGAUAUUGAAAAAAUUGUUUAUAUACCAACUUCAGAAAAAGAUAAAUCAUUUGGUAAAAAAAUUAUACCACAAUUACAUACUGAAAGUAGUACAAAUAAUAUUAAAAAUAUUAAUCAAGAAAUUCAACCAAAAUAUGAUGAAUCAACACUUGAAAAUAUUAUUAGUACUGAUGAUAAAAAAUUAAUAACUAUAACUGAGCCAUCAAGUGAACAAUUUAAAUCAAUACCAUUAAAAAGAUCAGAAAUGAAUAGUCCAAAAAUUAAUUUAUUAAAUACAACAAAAAAUAAAAAUGAUGAUAUUAAUUUGAAGAAAAUAUUAUCACUUAAUACAAAACAAAUAAUUGAUGAUGAAACUACUGAAAAUCCUGAUGAAAAAUUUACUGUUGGAAAUAUUUAUAUUAUAGCUAUUAAUAAUGAUAAUUCAACUUUAAAAAUAAAUUCUGUAAAUUCAACUGACAAAAAUGAACCAAUUAUUAAUAAUAAUAAUACAAAUAUUGAUUUAAAUAUUAAAACUGAAGCUGAAAAUUCUACAAGGAUAUUUACGGAUUUUGCUAGUGAGCAAACAACAGUAAUGCCUGUGUCGACAACAACAGCAACAGCAGCAACAACAACAACGACGACAGAAACACCAACAACGACAACAAUGCGUGUCCCAGUGAGUAUUGAUAUUAUUGAGGAAUCAAAAAUGACAACAACAAUUGAAUCAGUAACGACAAAUGAAGCAGUAACAACAAUGGAAUCAAUAACAACAACAGAAUCAUCAUCUCCAUCAUCAUCAUCAAUUUCAACGUCUACAUCAUUUAUUCCAAGCUCAAAUAAUGAACUUGAAAUAACAACAAUAAUUACAGAAUCAAUUGAAACAACAACGGAUCCAAUAACAUCAACACUUGAUACAACAAGUAGAGGAGAUUUUGAUACCAUUGAAAUAAACACAACUGAACAAUUAUUUGAUUAUGAACAAACUGAUAUUCCAAGCAAUGAAAAUUCAACAAAUUCAUCUACAAUUUUUACAACUGAUUCAACAACUGAUUCAACAACAACAACAUCAUCAACAACAUCAUCAACAACAACAGUUACUCAAGAUACAACCACUCAAAUUAUUAAUGAUACUGAUGACAAUAAUGGAACAAUAAUAUCUACAACAAUUGAUGUUACAACAUUAUUACCAGAUGAAAACAUAACAACAACAACAACAGUUACUGAUAAUCUUGAAGUUAAAGAAACAAUAACAGAAAAUGAAAAAGGAAGAGCACAUUUUGUUACAGACGAUAAAAAUGUUCAUGAUAACUCGGAUGAUAAUAAAACAAAUAAUUUUGAUACUAAAACUUUAAAUACAACUAUUUCAAUCACUCCAAGUAAUUCAAGUGAUACAAGAAUAAAUACCACAACGCCAAUGUACACUGAAACUCCUAAAAUUCCAGCUGAUAAUUAUCCACAAAAUACCCAAAAUAUUGAUGAAAUUGUUAAAAUAGUUGUUGACUCAAAUUGGGAUCAAGUAUGUAAAAAUUUAGCAAAACUACUUGCUGAAUUAUUAAAUACUUCUAUAAAUAAUAAAACAAUAUUGCCAAAUCAAAUAAUAUUUAAACCAAAUAAUUGUGCAAGUAAUUAUCAAGAUUCUGUGGUGACACUUUACGUGCAUGUUAUAAAUAAAAAUGGACAAUUUGAUAGAACAUUAACUGAAAUUUUACCAACACUGUGUUUAUCAAAUUCAAUGCAGACAAAACUCACAAUAAAAAGUUGUGAUUUAAUUCAAAAUACUGAUUCUGGUAAUGCAAUAGCAGUAGCUGUGGUAUGUUGUGUGGCAUUUAUUUGUCUUGUUCUACUUGCUGGUCUUUUGUUUAUAAUGAGAAAACGACAAGCAAGAUUUAAUUAUGGUGAACGUUGUCGUCCAGUGUCAUUGGAUGCCUACAGUCUAGACAGUGUUUCAGCUUACAAUAGUGUCAGAAGAAAAGGCGCAAUUAGAUCAUCAAAACGUAGCUAUGGAAAUCCAACAUUUGAAGAUUCAAGUGUAAUACCAUCACAUCCUCUAAACUUUAGUGUACUAUCAAAAUUUUCAACUGAAAUUAAUAAAAUAUACGAAGAAUAUUCAAAUAUACCACAAGUUACAGCAAAAAUUGAUGAACUACCACAAGGUGCUGAUGUUAAAAAUCGUUAUGCAAAUGUAAUACCACUACCAGAAACAAGGGUACCACUUAAUAAAUUAAAUAAUGAUUCAUCAACUGAAUACAUCAAUGCAAGUUAUGUACGUGGACCUAAAAAUGCAACAAAAUAUUAUAUUGCAUGUCAAGCACCAAUGGAAACAACAGUCAAUGAUUUUUGGCGUAUGAUAUGGGAACAACAAACAAAAGUUAUAAUAAUGUUAACUGAACUUGUUGAAAAUGAUGUUGAAAAAUGUGCUGAAUAUAUACCACCAUCUGAAGUUACUGAUUGUCAUCGUUUAUUUGGUGAUUAUCAAAUAACAUUAAAAAAACGAGAGACUAAAGAAAAAUAUGCAAUAUCAACACUAUUAAUAAAGAAUUUAGAAAAUAAUACGUAUCGUGAAAUAUCACAUAUUUGGUAUUUAUGGCCAAUAAAUGGCAUUCAAACAGAUGCAGUUGGUAUGAUUGCUGUACUUUUAGAAGCAAGAGCAUUACAACGUGGUGGACCUGGACCAAUUGUUGUACAUUGUAGUCCUGGUACUGGUAGAACUGGUACAUUAAUUGCUCUUGAUUUAGGAAUAAGACAGUAUGAAAUAACUAGAACAGUUGAUGUACCAAGAGUUGUUUAUACAAUUAGAAGAGACAGAGCUGGUGCUGUUCAAACAAAAGAACAAUAUGCAUUAAUUUACAAGGCAUUGAAUUUGUAUGCUACUAAACUUGCUGGUGGUGGAUUAGAAUCUACCUGACACAUGAGAUUGAAAAGUAUAAUGGAAGACGAGAAUUCAUAAUACGAUCUAAGUCAAUAAAAUAGAUAAUGAAUUUAUUAGAUUAUGAUUUAUAAUUUACAAUUAUUCCGAGCUCUCUUUAUAUGUUUUUUUUUUUUUUUUAGAGUCAGUUGAACAAAGUAAUAUUUAUCUUGGAAAAGAUAAUAACUAGAACAAGCCAAACUGUUUAUAUUGUUUAAUAAUGUAUCAAUGUAAAAAAUUAUAAAUUAUCUGUGAAUUUUGAUAUUAAAUAAUAGGCUAUUUAUUAUUAUAUAAGUUUAUGUAAAAAAAAUUAGUUUCAAAUUAAUAUUAAUGAGUGAAAAAAAAAAAAACAAUGCAAGUUUUUUUUUUUUUUUUUUUAAAAGAAAAUUAUGAAAUUCAUUCAAUUUUUCUUAUAUUCAGAUGAAUUUUUAUAGAUAGAUUAUUGUUAAAUUAAUUACCGAUCUUCCUCAAUUAAUUGAGAUUAAAAAUUAAGAAAAAAAUAUUCAUAAUUACGAAAUUAUAUAAUUCAUGAAUUUAUAAAUUUUUGAAAAUUCAUUAAACUCAUUAUGAAAUUUAUUAUUAUAAUAAUACUGUUGUUCAUGUACAAAAAAAAAUAUGGUUUUUUUUUUAAAACCAGGCUCUCUAAAUAUAAUGCCAUCGGCAGAAUAAUUUUUUUUUUUCCAAUUAGCCAGAUCGAUGUGUCAAAAAUACGUGACAGUAUUAAUUCAUAAGAAAAACAAAAACUAGAUAAUUAGAAACCUCCUCAUUUUGGCAUUGUAAUAUAUUCAAAAAAAAAAAAAAUGUCAAUAUUCAAUAGAAUAAUAACAAUAAAUAGUGUCAAAAAAAAAUUAUAAAAAU